UAUCAAAAUUCAGCCAUGGAAUUCCCUUCCCUACUAUGCAACACUAUUAUCAUUCCUAGUUUAGCCUGCACAUUUGUGCUUGUCUUCUUUAUGUGCAAGCUAUUUCUUGCACCCAAAAAUGACGCACAACACAAAAAGCUAGCGCCCGAGGUCCCAGGGGCAUGGCCAAUAAUCGGCCAUCUCCAUCUUCUCGCUGGCCGGAAGACGCCUACUCACCUCAUCUUGGCGGCCAUGGCGGACAAAUACGGCCCUAUUUUCCGAAUGAGACUCGGCUCACAACCCGUCCUGGUGGUGAGCGACUCCAAAAUAGCCAAGGAAUGCUUCACGGCAAAGGACAAGGACCUCGCAACUCGCCCCAGAUUACUGGCCUCUGAGAUCAUGGGCUACAACUGCUCCAUGCUUGGGAUUGCUCCAUACGGGCGGUACUGGCGUGAAAUCAAGAAGAUCGUCACGCUGGAGCUCCUGUCUAAUCGUAGAAUCGAGAUGUUAAGGAAGGUGAGGGAAUCCCAUGUAAGAAAAGCCAUCAAACGUACCUUUGAUCACUGGUCACACAACAAGGAUCCAGCUUCUGGGGCGGUGGCAGUGGAGAUGAGCCAGUGGUUUUCCAGGUUGAUCAUGAACCUCUCCAUAGCCAUGCUUUUCGGGGAGGAAGAAGAAGUGGGAGAAGAAAGCCAACUGCUGAAGUCCAUUAGGAGAAUGUUUGAGCUGUUUGGAGAGAUGUCGGUGUCAGAUUUUAUUCCCUGGCUGAGAUGGAUGGACUUGGGAGGGCACGAGAAGGCUAUGAGAAGAACUGCUGGGGAGAUGGAUUGUGUUGCAGAGAAGUGGAUUGAAGAGCACAGAAGAAAAAGAAAUUUGAAAUCUAAGGAAGAAGAAGACUUUAUGGAUGCCAUGCUUUCCCUAUUUGAUGCUCCAUCCAAUCUAAGUCAUUCUCUUGGAGUUGAUAGGGAUAUCAUUAUCAAAUCUACUUGCUUGGGCAUGCUUCUAGCAGCCACAGACACAACUAGCAUAACCUUGAUAUGGACUCUCUCCUUAGUAUUGAACAAUUACGACGUCGUGAGGAGGAUCCAAGAUGAACUAGAUGCCAAUAUUGGAAAAGAAAGGUGUGUUAAGGAAGCUGACAUAAAUAAAUUGAUUUACAUCCAAGCUGUUGUGAAAGAAGCAUUGCGUUUACAUCCAGCAGUCCCACUCUCUAUACCACAUGAGGCCAUAGAAGAUUGCACCAUUAACGGCUACCACAUUCAAAAAGGUACUCGUAUAAUACCAAACCUUGCAAAGAUUCAUCGAGAUCCGAAGGUGUGGACAAACCCUAAUGAAUUUAGACCUGCGAGAUUCUUGACUGGUCACAAGGACAUUGAUUUCAAAGAUAAUAAUUUUGAGUUGAUUCCAUUUGGUGGUGGUCGAAGAAUGUGUCCGGGUAUAUCUUUGGGUUUAGAGAUUGUGCAUUUGACACUCGCUAGCCUAAUUCAAAGCUUUGAUAUGAAAAGGCCAUCAAUGGAGCCAAUUGAUAUGACUGAAAGCCCUGGAUUAACUAGUGUCAAAGCCACUCCAUUUCAUGCCCUCUUAAUGCCACGCUUGACUUUAGAUUUGUAUGAUUAAUUAUAUUAGGAAUUUGUAUUCUAGAAUUCUUUCUCUAUCUCUCAGUAUUAUUGUAAAUCUACCUUUUAUUAUUCCUAUUUGUCUAG